AUGUCUCCCGCCGAGGAAAACAUUGUGACACCCGAUCAGAUCUUCGAGUCGAUCGGCAGCCAGGUCGCCCACGUCGACGGGCCCACCGCCGGCCCCGAUGGUGAGGUCGCCGAUGCCGACGCCGACGAUGACGGCCGCGUGGUCGAAGAGAUCGAGUCGCUGUGCAUGAAUUGCCACGAGAACGGCAUGACCCGCUUGCUGCUCACCCGCAUCCCCUACUUCCGCGAGGUCAUUGUCAUGUCCUUCCGCUGCGAGCACUGCGGCUUCCAGAACAACGAGAUCCAGGCCGCCGGCUCCGUCCAGACCCGCGGCACCCACUACGAGCUGCGCCUGACCGCCCUCGACGACUUUUCGCGCCAGGUCGUCAAGUCCGACACCGCCGUGGCCAAGUUUAUCGAGCUCGACAUUGAAAUCCCCGCCGGCCGCGGCCAGCUGACCAACGUCGAGGGCAUGCUGAGCGGCAUCGUCGAGGACCUCGAGAUGGACCAGGACGCCCGCAAGGCGCAGCAGCCCGAGGUCUACGAGAAGCUCAACGAGGUCAUUGUGAAGGCCAAGGCCAUGCUCGCGGGUGAGUCCUUCCCCUUCCGCGUCAGCCUCGACGACCCGGCCGGCAACAGCUGGAUCGCCCCCGACCUGCACGACGGUGUCGGCAAGUGGGAGAAGCGCGAGUACCUCCGCUCAGCCGAGCAGAACACAGCCCUGGGCCUGGUUGACACCGGUGCCGAGGCCGGCGACAGCGCCACGGCCGGCACCGUCACGUCUUCUACUGGCAUGGCUGGCGGCUUGUCCAGUUCGGACGGGGUCAUUCCCCUCGGCGGCCAGGGCCGCCUCAGCGAGAACGACGAAAUCAUCCCUAACGAGGUCUACACGUUCCCCGCGAGCUGCCCGGCGUGCAUGCACCCGGCCGUCACCCACAUGAAGAUGGUCGACAUUCCCCACUUCCAGCAGGUCGUCCUCAUGUCGACGCUCUGCGACAGCUGCGGUUACCGGUCCAACGACGUUAAGACUGGCGGUGCCAUCCCCGUCAAGGGCCGCCGCAUCACCCUCAAGGUCGAGUUCGCCGAGGACCUGGCCCGCGACAUUCUCAAGAGCGAGAGCUGCGCUCUCGAGUGCCCCGAGCUGAACCUGUCCGUCAACCCGGGCACGCUCGGCGGCCGGUUCACGACGGUCGAGGGCCUCCUCACACAGGUCCGCGGCGACCUGCACAACCAGAUUUUCCAGGCCGACGGACCCGCACCCACGCCCACGCCCACCACUGGCGUGACGGCGUCCGGCGUGACGGCCCACCCGCCGCCCGUUUCGAACGAGGGCGGCGACUCUCUGGCUGCCGACGAGCGCACCCGCUGGAAUGCCUUCUUCCAGGGCCUCGACGACGCCAUUGCCGGCAAGCGACCCUUUUCCAUUGUUCUCGAGGACCCCCUGGCGAGCUCCUACGUCCAGAGCCUCGCCGACGACCCGCGCGAGCCCGACGCCCAGAUGACCGUGACCGAGUACGACCGGACGGCUGAAGAGGAGGAGGAGCUGGGCAUCACCGACAUGAAGACGGAAGGUUACGAGGGUGAGGCCGAGGCCAAUGCUGCCGCUGCUGCUGCCGAUGCCGAGGAGUCGAGCGCAUAA